AUUCAAGUAAAUGUAUAUACGGUAUUAAAAAGAAAGCGGAAACGGCGUCGUAACAAUUCGGUGUUUCAUGUUUGAGUGUGAUGGUUUUUUUGUGAUGAAUCGAGCAGAGUUGUUGACUGUCCGGUUUUUAAGAGAGUAGAGAGAAGAUGGUGAGAGGCGAGGUAUUGAGAGCGUACAGAGAUUUGAUAAGAGCCACAAGGAAAUCAUUCGCCGGAGACAACUUGAUGCUUAGAGAAUCUGCCAAAGAAAUACGUAAGAAAUUCAAUGAGAAUCGCCAUGUUACCUCUGAUACCGAGAUCCAGAAACUCCUUGAAGAGGCACGUACAGCCUCUCAUUUCAUCUCAACUAUGAUUGUCCAAGCUAAACUCAAUGAGCGUGGUGGCUUCGAAGUGAAGCCUGGUAAAGAGCAUGCUGGAGCAACGCUUGAGAUCCCUUCUGAAGAGCUUCUUCGAAAGUCUGGAUAACUGGUGAAAGUUAGUCAUGUGCUUCAGCUUCUGCUUCUUUCUCUUCGUUUAGUUCGUGUUAUUGGCUCUAACAAUUGAUCAUGAAUGAAUAUCAAUAAUUAUGCAUUUCUUUUUGGUGCUUUUUAACUA